AUGCAAAAUGAAUUGGAAAGAACAUCAGCUCGCCAGAAGAUCAAAUAUGAAAAACUCCAACCAAAACCCAAGCCAGAAUAUAGGACAUAUCUUGAUCCUGCUCGAACCGUGGUGAAUCUCUCAGAUAGGACUCUCACAACACCAGAAGUAACAUUAUUAGCUAAGGGAGGAAACUUUGCCAUAACACCAAAAGUGGUUCCAGUGGAAGACAUUAUUGCCGGAACAGAAGCUGCCAUACGUAACCUUCCUAACAACAUCGCGGACGAGAUCCGUUUUGAAACAGCCAACAUAUUGAGAACUGCUAAGCCUCCAAAAAGCAAACUAUCUAGGGAAGAACACCAGGCUCUUAAAUCACUGAACGCUGACAAGGACAUUCUGGUCUUACCGGCAGACAAGGGGAAUGCUAUUGUAGUGAUGAAAACGGAGGAUUAUAGGUCUAAAGUCGAGGAUCUACUGGAGCCUCAGACUUACAAGUUACUUAAGAAGGAUCCUACUGCCUUAAUUGUAAGAAACACCAACAAACUCAUCAAGGCGUCCUCACUCCCGGAAAAUCUAAAAUCAAAAUUGAUUAAUUCCGAAGCUCAACCACCACGACUUUAUGGACUACCAAAAAUCCAUAAAGCUAGUAUCCCACUUAGACCGAUAGUGAGUGCUCCAGGAUCGCCUACUUACAACUCGGCUAAAUACUUGACUACGAUUCUACAACCAAAAGUUGGCAACACAAACUCUUAUGUGAAGGACUCAACACAUUUCGUUCAAAAGUUAAAAGAUCUAAAACUGGAACCAUCUGACAUCAUGGUAAGCUUCGAUGUGGUAUCCCUAUUCACGAGAGUACCCCUAGGCGAGUCAAUGGAUCUAAUUAAGGAAUCAUUUCCACCUGACAUCGCGGAGCUUUUCCGAGUGUGCCUGACUGGUAGCUAUUUCUUAUGGAACGGCAACUAUUACGAACAAACAGAGGGUGUCGCAAUGGGCAGCCCAAUCAGCCCAAUAAUUGCGAAUUUCUUUAUGGAAAGAUUUGAAGAAAAAGCGCUAGAGUCAUCAGUUCUGAAGCUCGCAGUAUGGUUUCGUUAUGUGGACGAUACAUUUGUUGUUCGGAAACAUGGACGAGACAGCCUAGAUGAUUUCCUUCAUCACCUUAAUACACAGAGCCCGAGCAUAAAAUUUACCAUGGAAACCGAAGAAAACAACCAACUGGCCUUUCUCGAUGUGCUUGUCAAGAGAAAUGGAGACCAUUUGGAUCACACGGUGUAUCGAAAACCCACUCAUACAGACCGGUAG